AUGCGUUCCGCUGGGUGUGAGGGUGAAGCUUCGUACGCAGGACCCCUCACUCCUACUGAUGCUCCUGCUGCGAUCAGCACUGGUACUAGUGUUGCUCCUGGUUCUGCCGCUCUCAACCGAGCAACAUCAUUGACAGAAUGGGAACCAUUUUCGCAGGAACAGGUGCGCACGUCGCUGCAGAAACGUCUGAUGGCUCGUGGGGCCCACGCACUCAUUCGCUGCACGCCGUGUUCCUGCAGCCACUCCUCGACGUACUCGCUCACGUUGUCCAAUUCAUACGACGUCGAGAGCUUUAUUGAGGAGCUCGUGGAGAAUAGGCCGACUGCGUCGUCGGUCACGGCAAAAGGAACCCGAACAUUGUGUGCCAAGCCGCUUGUUUCAUUAUUGGAGGACUUCAACGACAGUUCAGUAGCACCGUGGAUCUUUGCACGGUUUAAUGACGUUCAGCAGGUCCUUGCAGAGGUUGUACUCGAGUUUAACACACGACUUGCAUCGUGCCAGGUGCGGUCUGUGAAGGAGGCGAGCAUGUGGCGCCAGCACACAUGCGAUCUGAGGGCGGAGCUGCGCCAGCACAGUUUGCGGGAGGCCGACUUGCUGCGGCGUCUCACACAGCUGGAACGUAAACUGCGUGAACGGGACGAGAGUCACGCAAGGCAGUUGCAAGAGGAGCGGAGCCGAAUUGAAGAGGCACAGCGGUGGCGCCAACAACUCGAGUCGAAGCAGGAGGAGAACAUGAAUGCGGCGUAUCAAAUGCUGCGCGACACACUUGCUCUAGAGCGCACUUCCUCCUGA